UCAUGUGAUGCUAAGAUGGCGGCGCCGAUCUAGGUGGCUUUUGGUUGUGGCGUCCAAGGAGCCGCGACGGUUUUUGCCUCGCGUUGUGGGAGCUGCAACGCUCGGCUGGCCUCUGCGGCGGCCGGCAGCCCCACGUAAGGCACCAGUUCAGGGCCGAAGCUGUUGCUUUCACCGGUGGGUUCGGAGAAGUCCCGGUGACCUCCCCGCAGGUGCUCUGCGCCGGCCGCCCUCAAACGGGAGGAGGAGAAGGGCAGCCGGCCUCCACGGUCAUCCGGACCUGCGGACUUCAUGAGGCCUGGAGGGCCCUGGAGGAGAUGCACCUUUGAGGGGCUGCGGGAGUUUGAGUUCGCGGGCGUGUGAGAGGCAACAAAGUACCCCUGAGGGCGCAAAGAAGACCGCACGGACUUUGCUUCCUCCUCCAGAGGUUUGGCUUUCCUGCGUUGAUUACCCCAGCUUUCUUUUUUACUUCCUCUCAAUGUUUUCUCCGUAUACCUGGAAAUAAUGAUCAGCGCCCCUGACGUGGUGGCCUUCACCAAAAAGGACGAGUACGAGGAGGAGCCUUACAAUGAGCCGCCCCUGCCGGAAGAGUACUCGGUGCCGCUCUUCCCUUUCACAAGCCAAGGAGCUAACCCAUGGUCCAAACUGUCCGGAGCCAAGUUCUCUCGGGACUUCAUCCUUAUUUCCGAGUUCUCAGAGCAGGUGGGACCUCAACCCUUGCUGACCAUCCCUAAUGACACCAAAGUUUUUGGUACUUUUGAUCUCAAUUACUUCUCCUUGAGGAUCAUGUCUGUGGAUUACCAGGCGUCCUUCGUGGGCCAUCCCCCUGGUUCUGCCUAUCCCAAGUUGAACUUCGUGGAGGACUCCAAGGUGGUGUUGGGAGACUCCAAAGAGGGAGCCUUUGCUUAUGUGCACCACCUUACUCUGUACGACCUGGAAGCCCGUGGCUUUGUGAGGCCCUUUUGCAUGGCUUAUAUCUCAGCAGACCAGCACAAAAUCAUGCAGCAAUUCCAGGAGCUUUCGGCAGAGUUUUCCAAAGCUUCUGAGUACCUGAAGACAGGCAACAGGAAGGCCUUUGCUAUGGAACUUGAAAAAAAACUGAAAGACUUGGAUUACACCAGGACCGUGCUGCACACUGAAACGGAGAUCCAGAAGAAAGCCAACGACAAAGGCUUUUACUCAUCUCAAGCAAUUGAAAAAGCCAAUGAACUCGCUAGCGUAGAGAAGUCUAUCAUCGAACAUCAAGAUCUGCUGAAGCAGAUCCGCUCAUACCCUCAUCGGAAGUUAAAGGGGACUGAUGUGUGUUCUGGGGAGAUGGAACAUAUUCAGAAUCAGCCUGACCAGGGAGCCACUGCUUCUAAUCCCGAUGAGUGUGCUGACACAGACCUGUACACCUGCAGACCUGCCUACACCCCGAAACUCAUCAAAGCAAAGUCCACCAAGUGCUUUGACAAGAAGUUGAAGACCUUGGAAGAGCUCUGUGACACUGAAUAUUUCACCAAGACCCUGGCUCAGCUCAGCCACAUUGAGCACAUGUUCAGAGGAGACCUGUGCUAUCUCCUGACUAGCCAGAUUGACAGAGCACUAUUAAAGCAACAGCACAUAACAAACUUUCUCUUUGAAGACUUCGUGGAUAUCUAUGACAAGGUGGUGGAGACACAAGAAAGCAUACCCUUUAAGCCUACUCAAGACAGGCCGCCUUCCAGAUCUCUAGAAGAAUGCCCAGUUCCUCAAGUGUUAAUUAGUGUUGGCUCUUACAAGUCCAGUGUGGAGUCUGUGCUGAUCAAGAUGGAGCAGGAACUCGGAGAUGAGGACUACAAGGAAGCGGAGGCUACACAACUGAGUAGUUUUGAUCUCCAGGAAAACUUGGACUACCUGGAUAUGGAUAUGAAAGGCAGCAUCAGCAGUGGUGAAAGCAUUGAGGUUCUAGGCACAGAGAAGUCUACCUCUGUGCUGUCUAAGUCUGACAGCCAGGCCAGCCUCAUGGUGCCACUGAGCCCCCAGGUGAUGCGGAGCAAAGCAGUCAGCCACAGGACCAUCAGUGAGGACAGCAUUGAAGUUCUCAGCACCUGCCCCUCUGAGGCCCUCAUCCCUGAUGAGUUUAAGGCCAGCUAUCCAAGUGCUAUUAAUGAAGAAGAAUCAUGUGUAGAUGAUAGUGAGGGAGCCAUCCACUUCCAGGCAAGCAGCAGCCCAGCUGAGCUGGGCGAGCCAGAGGAGGGCAGCUUAGAAAACACCUCAUUGCAAGCCGACUCCUGCUGCAUUGGGAAGGAGAGUGACAGUCUCCUGGUGCCACUCUCCACACCAGCCCACGCACUCUCUGACGAGGAUGGAGUAGUAAGCAUCCCCCCACAGCGCUACAGGCAGAAGGACCAGGGGUUCCGUGUGGACUUUGCAGUGGAAAAUGCCAGCCCUUCUUCCCGAGACAACAGUUCUGAAGGCUUCCCUGCUUAUGAGCUGGACUCGAGCCACCUGCUGGUUAGCCGGGACAUCAGUAAGACCAGCCUGGACAACUACUCAGACACCACCAGCUAUGUGAGCAGUGUAGCCUCCACCAGCUUGGAUAGGACUCCCUCUGCUCAUCUCACUGGCCCCUCUUCUGAGAGACAUAAAAAGAGGGCUGGCCAGAAUGCCUUAAAAUUCAUCCGCCAGUACCCCUUUGCCCACCCAGCCAUCUACUCCCUGCUCAGUGGGAGGACACUUGUGGUCCUGGGAGAGGACGAGGCCAUAGUCAGGAAGCUUGUGACAGCAUUGUCCAUCUUCGUCCCCAACUACAGCCGCUAUGCCAAACCUGUGAAGCACUGGGUCUCCGCCCCUUUGCACAUUACGGAUUUUCAGAAGUGGAAGCUAAUUGGCCUGCAGAGAGUGGCAUCCCCUGCCAGUGCCAGUACCCUCCAUGUUCUGAGCCGCUACAGCCGCUACACGAGCAUUCUGGACCUAGACAACAAAACCCUGCGCUGCCCCCUCUACAGAGGCACCCUUGUGCCCCGGCUGGCAGACCACCGUACUCAAAUCAAGCGGGGCAGCACCUACUACCUGCACGUCCAGAGCAUGCUAACCCAGCUCUGCUCCAAGGCCUUCCUCUACACCUUCUGUCACCACCUGCACCUGCCUUCCCACAACAAGGAAAUAGAGGAAUUGGUUGCCAGCAGGCAGGCAAGCUUUUUGAAGCUGAAUCUGGGUCUAGUGAAUGAAGAUGUCAAGGUGGUCAAGUACCUGGCUGAGCUGCUGAAGCUGCACUAUAUGCAGGAGUCUCCUGGGAUCAGCCACCCCAUGCUUAGGUUUGACUAUGUCCCCAGUUUUUUGCACAAAAUCUGAGGCCAGUCCCAGCCACUGUGACCAAGACCUGUGACUCAGGGCACAGGGAAGGGAAGGGUUGGCAUGACCAAGCAGCCCUCUGAGCUUUUUAGACUUCUGGUGUCAUAGGUGGGAAGGAAACCAAGGUGGCAGCUGUGGUUCCCAGGUGGCUUCAGGCAGCUUGCCAGUUGGACUUGGGCAGUCGGGGAGUCUGGCUCUCUCUGAAGGUGUCGGGAAGGACAGUAACAGCUCUUGUCUCCUUGGUAAGGAGUGGUCCCAGGACCGAGGACUGGUAGCCAGGGCAGAGGAAAGCCUCAAUGGGGUGGGACCAGGGGCAGGAAGACAAAGUCCUGAUGAAAGGAAUAUGCCGGCCACGUUCAUCUCUGCUGAACACUUGAAUGGCAAAAUCAAGUGAAGCAGCUUGAUCACUGGACUGAUUUGGUGGAAAAUUGGAUGAUGGAACAUCCAUUGCCUCAUUCAGACUGCAACUGAAUGGCCUCCUAUAGGCCGUCAUCCCAGGAGAGGCCCCAGAACGUGUGAGGAGGAGGGGAGAGAGCUCUGCCUGAGCUGCACAGUGGAAAAUGCAUGCCCUCCAGGCCCCAGAGCUGCAGGGGGAGUAAGCAGCACCCUGUCCCCACCCUUGCCUCCUCACUUUGGAAAUUGUUCCCACAGGGCAGCAAGAGAGGCUAGAGUAGUCACUAGCUGUCAGUGAGCACUGCUCUUGGAGGUAGAGAGCCCAGGAAACAGGCAGGGCCAAGGUGCCAUGAAGCCAUCACCACUGUGCAAGCGAUGAAGAGCCAGGAGGCUCUUUGCGGCCUGGUCCAGUUUAUUUGGCCAGAAUGAGUUAGCACUGUCCUCUCACCCAAAGCAAACCUUUGCAACCACUUCACUACCUCUUGCGGGUCUCACGGGCACAGUGACACCAGAGUUGUGUUCAGCUGGCUGGCAUGGGUGGGCAGCCCCUGGUGGGGACAACUCAUGGCAGGGAUUUCCUCCAGGAACAAGGAAAGCUCUCGUGUGUGGCUGUCUCUGUGGGUCUACUCGGGGAGGUCGCACAGGCCUGGAGUGUGGGCACCUCACGGCAGCUCGCCCUUCUCCCCGCAGAGUUGCCCCAAGUUUGCCCACCUCACUGCAGCUCACUCCCGUCACUGUGCCACUCUCCAGUCCUCAGGAGAUGCUCCCAGGUCUGCCCACCAUGACCUCCCUGACCUCCUUACGCAAUGGCCGCUGGUACAUAGAUUGGAGGGUUUAUUGCAACCUACUAUUUUAUGCCUUUUCAUAUAAAGUGAUUUUCCCCCCUAAGUAGGGAGAAUUCUUGGUAUUACUGCUUUUUAAUUUGUCCUCAGAAAGUUGUGAUAAAAGAGACCCGAGUCAGCGACAGGUGGUGCUCCUGAGCACACGUGCAUAUCUGCUGGGGCCAUGUUCCGUGUGGUGGGGGUCCUGCUGCUGAGACCUGGUCUACCUGUCAGCUUUGUGGCACACUGUUAAAGUCACAGACCUCUGGUGACUUUAGGAGGGUUUGCCUCCCAUCCUUUGGUCCAUCCUCUGUAGGCUGAUAGGGCCUGUUGGCUCCCACCCUUCAGCUGCUGGUCAGGGUCCCCGAUCCUGUCAUCGCAGUGAUUGCCUUCAGAAAAGUGGAAGGCCUUGUGUGGCUGUCUUCAUGGGCAUGUGAUUUUUGCUACUGAGACUAUGACUGAGAACGUUUUAUGGCAAAUGGUGCUUACAUCUCACCAGUUUUCCUUGUACCUGUGUCUGUUGCACGUUCACACACAAACGACUCUCCAGGAACAUCUUUGCAGCUUUGAAAUGUGAAUUGUUGCCUGUGGGGAAGGCUCUGUAGGAAGCCUGUUUCCAUGAGCUCCCCUGUCUGUUACCAUCUCUCCCUCGUGUUCAAGAUGCUGCUUUGUUUUCUAACUGGGUCGGUAACUGCUGUCUACUUAGGCCUCCAGGGACAUGAGCUUGUGACCUUUUAUCUCCAAAGGAAGAAAGGUCUGGGGCCCCAAUGACAAGACGGAAAGUGAUCAUUGACACCACCCUUGCUGUUUUGUGGCUGUGUUUCACACUGACGUGGACUCUUCAGUUAACACUGUUCUCACUGGGGAAACUGAUAACAGGCAGGUCAGCCAGACUUGACCUUCUAGAAGUGAAGGCCACACACUACCAGACGUCUGCUUUGGAGGGUGUUUGCUCAGAAACUCUGCCUACAGGAUAGUUCCAAAGGCCAGAGGACUCUAAGGCAAGACCGGUUGGGUAUAAAUAGAACCGGUUGUAGGGCCAGCCAGAGAAAGCAAACCGGGAGCAUCUCACUGGAGUUGUUUCUUUUCUUUUUUGAACGUACAGAUGCUUCAUUGCUCACCUUUCACACAAAGCACACCCGUAGCCAUUUUCUUUCAGAUUUGUUUCUUCAUGAAGAAGGCAAGUUGGCUUCACUGACUAGUGGGUGAACUCCAGGAUUUAAAUUUUGGUUAAAAUCUAACUUUUCAGUGUGGCAGUUACAAAGGAUUGCUUGAUGCCAAGUAUGUUUCUUCUCAAAGUGGCACUUGGACUGAGGCAGCUGAGACUGAAGCUGCCCCUCAGCCCCCUCCAUUUUGGAGAACUAGGACCUACUAAAAGUCUCAGAUGCAUCUGUAAAUUUUACAGUGGCGGGGAACCCUAUGUAAUGGGACUCUUCAAGAAUUUUCAUUUGAGGUUUUCCUUUAGUAAUAGAUUAGUAACUGUUAAUAAAACAUUGAAAACCACUUCCCAGAAAUUAAAGGACAUCAGUGCCCCUUAUUAUUUCUUCAGUCCUAUAUGAAGGCCCAGGCACUGAAACUUUGAGGUGUCUUUACUUCCAAUUACCAACAUCCCUUCCUUUUUUAAAGCAGUCCACUUUGACAGAAGCCUGACUGGGCCGGCAGUUCUACAGGAGUGAUUGCAGGGGCUCCACUUCAGAGGUUGGCCAAAGCCUCUCAGUCUCUCUGGUGCUGGGCGCCCAGCCUGAGCAGCUGCCUCACACAUCCCUUGAGACCUUGUUCCUUUAGUGGAGUCUUUGGAUUUUAGAAAUUGUGGCUUUUCAUAAUUGACUGCAAUGGCUUUAAGUUACACACAUUAUACCAGAGUCUGGAAAUAAGCCACGGUAGCUCACCUGUCAUUUCUCAUCUAGCUUUUAACAAACUAGCUUUCAACCCCUAACAAACACCAUUUCAAAAUCCAAGGAAGUCCACUAGAUUCUACCCUAAAUGCCAGGCCUGUUGCAUUUCAGUGACGUGUCUGGAGGCCAAGAGCCGUGGGUGAUCUCACAUGUCCACUGACCGCCCACUUCUGCCAGCUGCAUGCCCCACGUCCCUGGACCUGCUGCCGCCGCCAUACCGCCUGUACACAGGCGGUAGCACUCGGCUGGUGGGCACCCAUGGUCGGUGUGGAUGGCCUUUACAGGCACGGACCACCAUCCCCCAGACCCCGGCCAAGCCAGCAAUCAGAUGUUACCUCCCAUUUCCCUGGAAAGCGCAGAAGAGUGUUUUGGUUCAUGCUUUGAAUCAAACCAGCCAGCUUUCUGGCUUUUCUCUAAUACUGUGAUGGUAGAAAAACUGGAAUCUUUACAAGAGAUAUGGAUUAAUGGACUAAUGGACUGCAAAAAGGAAAAAGCAUCAGUUUUACUGGCUGGAAGCAAAAACAGUCUCAGCUGAUAAGGGUGGAGCACACCAAGUUUUCUGGAGCCCUUUCUCUGUUGGGCACUGACCUAAUGUGGCCUUACCUAUUAAGGUUUAGUUAUGCACAUGGAGAGGCAGGAGGGAUGGAGUGAUACUUUGCAGCGAACCAGGCUGCUGGAAUGGGGCCCUGGCUCCCUGGGAGUGACUGUUCAGCUCCAACAUGGAGGCUACACGGGGGGUCUUGGAGAUGACCUUUCGUCUCCAUCUGGGGGAGUCAAACCCUUGAAGAUAGGACUGUUUUAGCAGGGUCACAGGUCCCAAAUGGAGGCAUAGACUUGGGCACUGUUGUGUCAUGCACCCCCCCGAGAUUGCAGCAGCUGUCCCCACUGGGCUGGAGUAGGUGCCAACAUACUGGACCCUUGGCCACAGGUGCCUUCCAGGCGGGACCACAGGGCUCCUCACCCACUGGCUGCCCGACGCUGGCUGGCUGGCUGGCUGGUUACACAAGUCGGGCUGAGAGAAACGCUGCCUUUAAGGUCGCAGUGAAAAGCAUAGUCUGUGAGGAAAUCUUGUUAUUUUUUUGAGAAGUAUUUUAUUACUGCAUGUUUGUCCAUGUUUGUGAAUAUGAACCUGACCACCACGUGAGCUGCAGCCGUCACAGUGGCGAGGGCAAGAAUAUGAUGGGCGUGUGUGACAGCAGCUCGUAGGUAUGGCUGCACCAAGAGUAAAUGCCAAACAAAUAGUAUGAGAAUUGUACUUUUUAAGAAAUUAAUUUAUUUGAG